AUGAUACUUCGAUUUUUGCUUUCCACAAGAGCUGGUGGACAAGGCUUAAACUUAACUGGAGCUGAUACAGUUGUGAUUCAUGACAUGGAUUUUAAUCCACAGAUUGAUAGACAAGCAGAAGAUCGUUGUCAUCAAAUUGGUCAAACAAAGCCUGUAACCAUAUAUAGAUUGGUGACAAAGGGAACAGUUGAGCAGAAUGUGGGUCAGCGGCAAACAGAAUUGCCGGCAUAUUUGAUGACCUUGCAUCAAACACAACCAAAACCCGGCAGCAAAUCCAAAACUUCACGACUGCCGGCACCAAUGGCAAGUGUUAUCACACGACUGCCAUUGCAGCAAAACAACCGUAAACCUGCAAAAAUCAAAACCAAGAACAACCACCUACUUCAGUUGAUGAUCAAGAGAAGAACGACUUUGCAUCACAGCUGCUUCAAGGUUGUGAUUCUCUUAGGCAUCAAUCUUUCGUAA